AUGAGUAAGGAACUAUUUAGCUCGGGAGGCGUUGCGAUCAUAGCAUUGAGGCUCGCUCCGCUAAUUCCACUUGCCGCUGUCAUGGCUGUGUUUCGCUGCUUCGCCAUGAUCCCCUCAACUUCAAAAAGCAAGCGGGGAAAACGGGAGUUGAUCUCGCAGCCAAAUAACGGAUACGGUCGACGUUAUUCCCCUAGUGAGAUGAAUACGAUGGUUCUGAAGAAGAUUGACAGCCAGACACAGGGACAGGAGGAGCAAAAAAAAGGGGAAUGUGGGUUUGUGUUCCGGAAAACAACCGUUUCUGGCGGAUUGUCCAACGUUCCAGUCAUAAAGGGCCAAGGACAACCUCACAUCGCAGGAAAUAAUAACGUCUCCUGA